AUGAAAAAGCUCAUCCGAGCUACAGCUUCCGACUUGUCCGCAAGAUACACUGCAAACCCCGCCCCCGGGACCUGCGUUACCAUGAGAUUUCUACUCCCCCUCCUCGCGCUCUUCCUUGCCGUCAACGCGGAGGGCAGGACCCCGACAAGAGACGUCAUGUAUGCCCUCAACGCGGACGGCAGGACCACGAGAAGAGACAUCAGAGACGUCUUCAGCCUCUUGGACAUCUUCGCUGCCGACAUCCAGCUCGUCGAGCCCGGCUCCAAAGGCAUCGCCCAAGCCCUGCAGCUGCAGGUCGACGGCGUCAACCUCCACAGGUCCCUCAUAAUGGGUGCAAACAGCGCCAGAGAGGUGCACAGAUUCGGAUGGCCCAGCUCGCUCAAGAUCGGCAUCGCCGUCAUCAUGCUGGUGCCGAAGCACCGGAAGACGCUCGAGAUCCUCUGCGAGAAGAGGGACGUCCUGGGCGAUUUCAGCGCCCUCGUCCUGUCGAGCUUGUACCAGCUCAAGCAGGAUACCAACGACCUCUCGGUCGCCUUGCUGGACAACCUGACAAUCUUUGAGAGGAUUAUAGCGCCAAUCUUCAUGAAGAAGUUCAACAAUCAUUUCGACAAGGCUAUUAAGGUGUACGGGGGCAACGUUAGCUAG